AUGAAAACAGAACAGCAGCAGACAGAGCCUGCGGGGCCAGCUGCUGCUGCAGCAGCAGCAGCAGCAACAACAGCAGCAGAAGGGCCUGGACCAGUUGCUGAGUCUGCAGCAAGCGAACAGCAGCAGCAGCAACAGCAGCAGCAGCAGGAAACGCAACCAGCAGAGAAGCAGCAGCAACCUCCAGGUGACGCUGCUGCUGUCUCCACCGCGCUGCAAAACCCUCUGCUGCUGCAGGCAGCAGCUUUGCUGCUAGCUGCACAGCAGCAGCAGCAGCUGCAACAGCAGCAGCAGCAGCAGCAGCAGCAACAGUCUGACUUUAGCCCCCCUCAGGGAGGAGGGAGGGGCUAUUACAGCGGGCUUGGCAGCAACUGCAGCAGCAGCGGGAGACUAGCGAGCAACUGCAGCAACAGCAGCAACAACAGCAGCAGGGGUCGAUUAACUAGCAACUGCAGCAGCAGCAGCAGCGGAAGUGAUAUUCUGAGGCCCCCCACCGCUGCCGCUAGUCUCCGCGGGUCCCUUGAGCAGCAGCAGAACCUGUCCGACGAUGCAGCAGCAGCAGCAGCAGCAGCAGCAGCAGGCGGCAGCAACGCGAGCAGCCGCUUCAUCAGCCUCAGCUGCACCGACUCGCCGAGAGAUAUGCAGCAGCAGGAGCAGCAGCAGCAGCAGCAGCAUCAGCAGCAGCAGUUUUUCCUGAGCUGCUUGAAGUCUGAGAGAGAAGAUAGCAGAGGGCAUGUGGAGUUGCUGCUGCUGCAGCAACAACUGCAGCAGCAGCAGCUAGAGCUGCUGAAGGGGCCCUCAUCUAUUGGCACGAGAGCAGCAGAGGUGCUUCCAUCCUUGCUGCUUCAGAGAGCUGAACAAGAGCAGCAGCAACGGCAGCAGCAGCAGAAACAGCAGCAGCAGCAGCAGGAUAUGGCUGUUGCUGCUGCGGAGGUCGGAGGCUCGGAAACGCCGCCGCCGCCGCCGCAGCAGCAGCAGCAGCAACAGCAGCAAAAGGACGAGCAUCUGCAGCAACUGAUACAGCAGCAGAAAGAACUCGCGAGCCAGUGGCAGCUGCAGCAGCAAAAGCAGCAAGAAGAGAAUCCGCAGCAGGAGCCGCAGCAGGAGCAGCAGCAGGAGCAGCAGCAGGAGCAGCAGCAGCAGGUGGAUGACCUCCCUGUACGUGGCAUAGAAAACUUUGAAGAGGCAAUCGAGCGGCAGCAACAGCAGCUGCUGCAGCAGCAGAUGCAGCAGCAGCAGGAAGAAGAGCUGCAGCAAUGUUGCUGCUGUCUGAGGAAUUUCACCGCUUCAAGAAUAGAGAAGCACAUAAAGAUUUGCGAGGCAGCACAAACGCAAGAGCUGCUGAAGCAGCAGAGACAGAGACAGAAGCAGCAGCAGCUGGAGCAGCAGAAGCAGCAGCGCCAGCAGCAGGAGCAGCUGCUGAAGCAGCUGCUGCUAGAGCAGCAGCGGGAGCAGCAGAGACAGCUACUAUUAAAGCAGCAAAUGGUUAAACAACGAAGAGAUGCAGCAGCAGCCAAAGCUGCAGCAACUUCGCGCUGGGCUUCUGCUCGCAGCAGCAACAACAGCAGCAACAACAACAGCAACAGCAGCAGCAGACAGCGUACAGACGAAACCUUCAGCAGCAGCAGAAGCCACACAAGCUUGCAUCAGUCUGACUCUGCUCCUGCUGCUUUGCCUUCCGCUGCAGCAGCAAUAAAAUAUGAGAGAGGUAGCAGCAACAGCAGCAACAGCAGCAGCAGCAGCAACAGCAGCAACAGCAGCAAAAGAACUCUACACACGGAGCCUAGUCAAACGUUGAGGAGCGCCGGUUCUGCAGCUGCAGCAGCAGCAGCAGCAGCAGCAGCAGAACAAACAGAAGCGACAAAAAGCGAAGCAGCAGCAGCAGAGGCAGCAGCAGCUGAAAGUGCAGAAGAUAGGGGGGACUCCGUCGCCGGUACAGGAGAACUGCUUGCUGCUUCUGCUGCUGCUGCUGCUGCUGCUGCUUCUGAUGGCGUUGCAGCUCAGGCUGAGCCCGCAGCAGGAGCAACAGCAGCAGCAGCAGCUGCUGCUGCUGAGACACAGCAAAGCGGUGGAAUCAGCUGCUUUACAAACUCUCCAGGGGAGCCGCCUCCUCUGCAGCAAAGCAGCAGCGGCAGCAGCAACAGCAGCUGCAACAGCAACAGCAGCAGCAGCAGCAGGGCUGCAAGCAGCCGUCUUGCUAGCGACUUCAGCGCGGCAGCAGAGGACCUUCAUGAGCAGCAGCAGCAGCAGCAGGAGCAGCAACAGCAACUACUGGGGCAGCCAAACCACGAACAUCAGCAGCAGCAGCAAAAGCAGCAUCCGCAGCAGCAUCAGCAGCAGCAACAUAAGCAGCAUCAGCAGCAGCAGCAGCAGCAAAAGAAGGGGGCAACCUGCGGCCGCACUGAUCUGCAGCGGGCGCGACCUGAAGACAGGUGGCGGCUGAUACCAGCUGCGCGGUGCCCGUUGUGUCUCCGACGUUUUUGUUUGAAAUCCAUCGACCGCC